AUGAGUCGAAUGAAAUCAUUGGCCCGCAGCUAUGUAUGGUGGCCAAGCCUUGAUAAAGAGAUUGAGGAAGCAGUGAAACAGUGUGAAGCUUGUCAAAGUCUGCGGAACAAACCGGUUGGUGUUGAUCCUCCACACCCUUGGAUUUAUUCUCAGAAGCCAUGGGAGAGAGUACACCCCGAUUUUUGUGAAGUCGCAGGAAACAGUACUCAUGCAACCACAGCACAAACGAUGGAGGCCAUGAGACGUACUUUUAGUUACAAUGGACUACCCCUACGAGUGGUGACGGACAACGGUCCACAAUCUACUUCAUACGAAUUCAAGAACUUUAUGUCAGCAAAUGGAAUAAAGCACCAAUUAAUUCCUCCUUAUCACCCAGCCUCAAACGGACAGGUUGAGAGAAUAGUGCAAGAUUUUAAGAAGUCUCUAAAAACAAAGCCAACUGGUAGGUCCGUGAGUCACCAGGUAUCAACCUUUUUAUUGCACUACAGGAAAACACCAAACAGCACGACUGGCAAGACACCAGCCGGAUUGAUGUUGAAGCGAAGUUCGAGAACAAGACUAUCACUAUUACGUCCUGAAGCUGACAGUGAGUUGAGAGAGCCUCAGAUUCAACAAUAUGACACUGCAUCUGGCCGAGUUCGACAGCUAGAACCGGGGAUGACAGUCAGUGUUGCAAAUCCAAGACAAGAUAGCAGAGGGAAAUGA